ACCGUCCCUUUGAAAUGCGACACCGCUGCGCUAUUUCCCGGAGAAUAUUCUUGUUAUCGCUUUGUAUCGUUGGGGCUCGCUGAUACCCGGUUGGAGCAUGCCCGACGCGGGGACAGGGGCGGCCGGGAGUAGUGCUGCUGCUGCUGCUUCUGCCUCCCCCGGUGAGGGCCCGGAGAGCUCCCGUCACAGGCACCGCGGGCAGCAGCAGCAACAACAGCAGCAGCAGCAGCAAGGAGAUCCGGAGAAGACCGAGGCGAGCCAGGCGCAGGGUUCCUCCGGGGUACUAGAUAAGUUGUUUGGGAAGCGGCUGCUCCAGGCCGGGAGGCACAUUUUGUCUCACAAGUCGUGGAUGAAGACGGUGCCGACGGAGAACUGCGACGUGCUCAUGACAUUUGCAGACACCACUGAUGACCACACGUUGCUAUGGUUACUGAAUCACAUCCGACUGGGAAUCCCGGAACUCAUCAUCCAAAUCCGGCACCACAAGCACACGCGCGUCUACGCCUUCUUCAUCACCGCUACCUACGAGAAUUUGUUGCGAGGGGCAGAGGAGAUGAGCCUGAGGAAGUCUGUGAAGCCGGAGUUUGGAGGAGGAACCAGGAGCUUUUCCUGUGAGGAGGACUACAUCUAUGAGAACAUCGAGAGUGAGCUCUGCUUCUUCACCUCACAGGAGAGACAGAGCAUCAUCAAAUUCUGGCUGGACAAUCUACGUGCCAAAAAUGGGGAAGCGCUUCACAAUAUCAACUUCCUGGAGGGACAGCCAAUCAUCCCGGAGCUGAGCGCACGAGGGGUGAUCCAGCAGGUUUUCCCUCUUCACGAGCAGAGAAUCCUCAGUCAGCUCAUGAAGUCCUGGGUCCAGGCCGUGUGCGAGAAGCAGCCACUAGAUGACAUUUGUGACUACUUUGGGGUGAAGAUUGCCAUGUACUUCGCGUGGUUGGGGUUCUACACCACCUCCAUGUUGUAUCCUGCAGUUAUUGGGUUUGUGCUGUGGAUGCUCACCGAGUCAGACCAGACCAGCCGGGACAUCUGCUGUGUGGUGUUCGCUCUGUUUAACGUGGUGUGGGCGACGCUGUUUUUGGAGCGGUGGAAGAGGAGAGGGGCGGAGCUAGCGUAUAAAUGGGGGACUCUGGACACGCCCCCCGAGUCCCUGGAGGAGCCACGCCCGCAGUUCAGGGGAGUGAAGCGGUGCAGCCCCAUCACUGGCUGUGAGGAGUUCUAUUACCCGGCCUGGAGGAGGCGCUUGUUCCGGUGGCUGGUGAGCCUCCCCAUCUGCCUCCUCUGCCUCUGCUUCGUCUUCCUCGUGAUGCUCAUCUGCUUUGAGCUGCAGGAGUUUGUGAUGGGGAUCAAAGAAAUGCCUCGACUCGCGCGUUUUAUCCCCAAAAUCAUGCUCGCUAUCACUGUGACCGCGUGUGACGAGGUGUACAGGAAAAUCGCCUGCUGGCUCAACGACAUGGAAAACUACAGACUCCAGAGUGCCUAUGAGAAAAAUCUCAUCAUCAAAAUGGUUCUUUUUCAGUUUGUAAAUUCCUAUCUCAGCCUUUUUUACAUUGGAUUCUACCUCAAAGACAUGGACCGUCUCAAAGAGAUGCUGGCGACGUUGCUGAUCAUCCGUCAGUUCCUUCAGAAUGUGAAGGAGGUGCUGCAGCCUUACCUGUACGAGCGCCACAGACUGGGAGAGCUCACCGCGCGCGCCGUGUGGGACCUGCUCCUGUCCGUCCUGUCUAAGUACGCUCGGCUGGCGGCGGGGAAGGCCCAGCUCUGCCCGCCCGAGCAGCAGCACCUGUCAGCGGGGAGAGGCGGGGGCAGGCCGGGGGGAGGCCAGGGGGACAGGAGGGAGAAGAAGUGUUUGAACGGGGGGUGUGGCGUCCCGGAUGAGGAGGAAGGAGGUGAGAAAGACGAGGCCGACAGCGGACGCUUCAGUGAAGGAGAGACGGAGGAGGAAAGCCUGUUAGACUGUGGACUGAAGCUGCGCAAAGUCAGCUUCAUGGACAAGGUGGAGCGCAGACCUCACAGCUGCAGCCCGCCCAUGGACAACAGUUUCUUGGAGGAGGGUAGCCCCACUAUGGUGGAGAAGGGCAUGGACGCAGCCUCCAUGUUUGAAAUGUGCGACGACGAAGACGACAACGGGAUCCACGAUGUGAAAGAGACCAGCUCGUCUGAGACCCCCGCCCCGUCCAUCCCCUCCUCUUCCGACAGCGCGGCGACAGCGAGGCAGAGGAGGAGGGCCAGGAGCGAAGAGUGCGGAGACAACAAGACCAAACGCGACUCAUGGAUGGACCCCCCGGAGGAGAGGGAGAGUACUACACUGACUCAGGCGGAGAUAGAGAGCUGUAUGCAGACGUAUGGGGACACGUUCCAGGACUACCAGGAGAUGUUCGUACAGUUCGGAUACGUGGUUCUCUUCUCCUCCGCCUUCCCUCUGGCGGCGAUGUGUGCGCUCAUCAACAACAUCAUCGAGAUCCGCAGCGACGCCUUCAAACUCUGCACGGGGCUCCAGAGGCCGUUUGGGAUCAGAGUGGAGAGCAUCGGACAGUGGCAGACUGCUAUGGAGGUGAUGGGUCUGAUCGCCAUCAUUGUGAACUGUUACCUGAUUGGUCAGUGUGGUCAGCUGCAGCGGCUCUUCCCCUGGCUCAGCCCCGAAAUGGCCAUCAUCUCCAUCGUCAUCCUGGAGCACUUUGCCAUCCUCCUGAAGUACAUCAUUCAUGUAGCGAUUCCCGACAUCCCGUCUUGGGUCAAAGAGGAGAUGGCCAAACUGGACUAUCAGCGCAGAGAGGCGUUCAAGAAGCACGAGCGUCAGGCCCAGCAGCACUACCAGCAGCUGCAGAGGAGGAAGAGGGAGGAGGAGGAGCGGCAACGCCAAGCCGAACACAUGGCGCGAAACAGGGACCGCGAACGGGACGAGGGCAAAACCGACCCAUCCUCAGGGUCCAACCACCAUCACGAAAAGAGCCACAGCAGCACCAGCAAGUCCAGAUCUGGGGGAGGAGGAGGAGGAGGAGGAGGAGGUGCGGGUGGAGGUAGUUCUUCAGAAAAACCCAAAAGACCUAGCUCUCUUUUGGCUAACAAUAAUGUAAUGAAGCUUAAACAGAUUAUACCGUUACAAAGCAGAGGGGCUCGGUCUCCACAGUCCCCCACAGGAAGCGAACCAAAACUGCCUGGAUUUCUGAGCUUCAAGUUUUUAAAGUCGCCUGAAAAUAAAAAAGAAAAUGCGAGUGCAGUGUCCUCUUCAUCUGCAAGCACCACAAAUACAUCCUCAUCUUCAUCAGCAGGUAGCAGCUCAACGGAGCGUUCACAAUCACCCAAUAAGGCCUUUAACCCGGGGAAGCUAUUUAACUUUGGGAAGUCGGAGGGAGGAGGGACGUGCGCGAACGGAGCGCAGGUGAGCAGACACGGGGAGCAGGCGUCACGGGCGGAUCUCAACGGGAUCCCUGAAGAAAUUCCCUCUCCCGGAUCAGACGGAGCGGAGAACGGACACUCCACAGACUUAGACGCGACAGGGCCCAGAGGGUAAAGAGGAUUAGUGAUCGGAAAAGUGUUUAAGAUGAUCAUAUCCUGGCUACAUGUGCACAGAUAUU